CGCAUUAUUCCAACUGUGAACGUGCUGGCCGAAGGCGCCCCCUGCUGAGGAGAGGCGCUCUCGGCGUGGGGCGGAGGGAGGGUCAGCCGCCGGCGUUAGAAAAAGGGGGCAUCCUGAGCCAAAGGAGGGCGAGUCUGCCGGCGAAGUGAGUCGCGAGAGAGCAUCCAGGCAGACGGCGGUGGAGGAGGAGGACCACCAGGGCUGGGACCGACCGAGCGGACCGGAUUGGCCGGGACGAAACCUGUUGAGGGGGGCACCGCUGCCUUUUUUUUUUUCGGUCGGAUUAUUCAGAUGUUUCCUCCACGCGGAUUUGUUUGAGUUUCUGCUCCUCUCUGGAUGUGCGAGCUGUCCAUUUACCUUCUGGGACGGAUCUUCUUAACGGCGGGCGGGAAGGAGCGGAGCUUCGGGUAAUCUGCCGGCCUCAGCCCCACCCUCCCCAUCCUGGACAAGCCAUCCCCCAGACACCGUCCACCACGGUCCGAGCCAUGCUGUCCCCGGAGGUGCUUGUCACCUGCUCCGCCGUCCUCAGUCUCCUCGGCAUGCCCAGGGCGCUCGGCGCCGCCUGCGAGCCCAUCCGCAUCAGGAUGUGCAAGUCCAUGCCAUGGAACAUGACCAAGAUGCCCAACCACCUGCACCACAGCACGCAGGCCAACGCCAUCCUGGCCAUCGAGCAGUUCGAGGGCUUGCUGGGCACGCAGUGCAGCCCCGAGCUGCUCUUCUUCCUCUGCGCCAUGUACGCGCCCAUCUGCACCAUCGACUUCCAGCACGACCCCAUCAAGCCCUGCAAGUCGGUGUGCGAGCGGGCCAAGAGCGGCUGUGAGCCCAUCAUGAAGAGGUACAACCACUCGUGGCCGGAGAGCCUGGCCUGCGAGGACCUGCCCGUGUACGACCGAGGGGUCUGCAUCUCCCCCGAGGCCAUCGUGUCCGCCGACGGGCCAGACUCAGCGUCAGACUUCUCGAUGGAACCUCACGGAGGCAACUGCAGGAGCGCCAGCCCUGACCACUGCAAGUGUAAGCCCAUCAAGCCCAACCAGAAGACCUACUUGAGGAACAAUUACAACUAUGUCAUACGGGCAAAGGUGAAGGAAGUAAGAAGCAGGUGUCACGACGUUACUGCUGUGGUGGAAGUGAAGGAGAUCCUCAAGUCUUCCCUAGUUAAUAUUCCUCGGGACACCGUCACUUUGUACUCAAACUCAGGCUGCUUGUGCCCACCCCUGCAUGCCAACGAGGAGUACGUGAUAAUGGGCUACGAAAGCGAGGAGCAGUCCAGGCUACUUCUGGUUGAGGGCUCCAUUGCAGAAAAAUGGAAAGACCGCCUGGGCAAAAAAGUCAAGCGCUGGGAUCAGAAGCUCCGAAACCCCCGAAGACUAAAAAGUGAUGGCGAUCCUGGCAGAAACAAUGGCAGACCAAGUCGUCACUAAAUGCACCUGAUGGAAAUCAACCUGGACAGAAUGGCGAGAGAAUCUCCUUCUGUAAAGAGCAAAGAGGAAAUUGCACUAUUGCACGUUUUUGUUAUACUAUUGACUCUGAAUUUUAGGUGAUCGUAGAUUAUGAUUGUAUUCUUCAUUUUUCGACCUUCAUCUCCCAUCCUUCAUUUUGGGACCAUUCAAUGAUGGUGGACACGACUUAUGGGAGUUUUAUGCAUUGUAUACUGAGGAACCAAUGGUGGACAUUUAUUGACGGGUGAAACGUGACUCAAAGGAGAGCCAAGUCCAGAUGACAGUAAGUGUGGCCGAAUAGAAGAGCCGUCACGAAAGGGAAGUGAAUGGAGUCUCGUCCGAAGCAAUGCAGCAAAAACGAUAAAAGCGUUACGAAAGUAAAAAGACAUACGAGAAAGGAGACUCCAGCAGUUGAAAGAGUGGAGACAAGCAAAGGUGGAAAGAUGACAAAGUGUGAAUGUCGAGUCCAUGAUGCUCUGUGAUAUCGGAGGUGAGGGCGGGGCUAGGGGAGGGGUGGGGUUAGGGGCGGGGCCUGGCCAGCGCCACUUGUCUGAAAGGCUACACUAUUUUUUGUUUUUUUGUUUCUUUUCUUUUUUGUUCAAUCAACUUUUCCUUUUGGAAUAUUUUAGCUUCUCUGCUGGGCUGAACACUUCACAUCACAGACUUGUUCUUCUUUAAAAAAAAAAAAAAAGUCUGCACUUUCUCUUUUGAAUUCUUUAUUAAUGUUAUUGACUGCGUUUUAAUAAUGAUUAAUAAAUGAUGGCCUUUGCUUAUACCAAUAAAUGAAA